CUGAACUAUUUUUACUAGUAAAAGUCUGAACUAUAUUAAGAAACCAAAAAAACUUGCGCCAUGACGACGCUAGUCUGGCAAGACUACCUCGCCAUCGUCAUCUUCGUCAUCUUCGUCCUGGGCGUGGGACUCUUCUCUUCGCGCCGCAGCAAAGCUGAUCUCAGCGGUUAUUUUCUGGCGUCAAGAAGCAUGCACUGGCUGCCCGUCGGGGCAUCGAUGUUCGCGAGCAACGUCGGGUCUAGCCUCUUCCUUGGCGUCGCUGGGAGUGGGGCCGCUGGUGGAGUUGGAGUCGCAGCUUACGAACUCAGCGCAAUCUACGUGCUGAUUUUUCUCGGGUGGUUUUUCGUGCCUGUGUACCUGAGCUCCGGAGUGUUCACCAUGCCCGAGUAUCUCCGGCAGAGGUUCGGAGGUCAAAGAAUCAGGGUGUACUUGGCAGUGCUUUCGCUGCUACUCUACAUCUUCACUAAAAUAUCUGGCGACCUUUUCGCCGGGGCGUUGUUCAUCCAAGAGGUGGUGGGCGAGUCGUCGCCCACGGUGCUCUACUCAAGUGCUUUGGGCAUCCUCGCCAUGUCAGGCCUCUUCACUAUUGUAGGGGGACUCACUGCCGUCAUGUGGACUGACUUCGUGCAGACCAUCCUUAUCCUCAUCGGAGCGGUUGUCAUCAUGAUUCUUUCGUACAUCCGCAUCGGAGGUUUUGGAGCGAUCGUCGAUCAGUUCCCGUACGCAAUGCCCAGCAAGUUGGUCUACAACUCUGAGAACCGCACUUGCGGUCUUCCGACACCGUAUGCUUUUCAUCUGCUACGGCCAGCUUCUGAUUCGGACUAUCCGUGGACUGGAACAAUUUUUGGUAUCGCUAUAUUGGGUACCUGGCAUUGGUGCACCGAUCAGGUGAUCGUUCAACGAACUCUAACGAGUCGCAACAUCAUCCACGCGAAAGCUGGAUGCGUCUUUACGAGUUGGUUGAAAAUUCUGCCGAUCUGGCUGCUGGUUUUCCCGGGCAUGGCCGCUCGAAUUCUCUUCCCCGACGAAGUGGCUUGUGUCGAUCCUGAGGAGUGCAAGAAAAUUUGUGGGAGUCCAGCAGGCUGCAGUAAUCUUGCCUUCAUCAAGUUGGUCAUGAAUCUUCUUCCAAUUGGCUUCCGAGGCUGUAUCCUGGCCGUGAUUCUGGCAGCAAUCAUGUCCUCGUUGACGUCCGUAUUCAACUCCGCUUCAACGAUUUUCACAAUCGACAUUUGGGCGACGCUGAGGCGCGGCGCUUGGAAGAACAAACCGUCCCGGCAGGUCGAGAUCGAGCAAGUCAUCGUUGGAAGAAUGUCCGUCUUCGUCGUGGUUGUGGUGUCGGUUCUCUGGAUUCCUAUAAUUCAAAAUUUCUCCAACUCGCAGCUGUACGUGUACGCGCAGAGCAUCACAUCGUUCCUGGUGCCGCCCAUCACAGCGGUGUUCUUGCUGGCCGUCUUCUGGAGUCGCGCUAAUGAGCCUGGAGCGUUCUGGGGCCUUAUGUUGGGGCUGGUCGUGGGGAUGACUCGCUUCAUCAUGGAGUUCGGCUACGUCAUCCCGCCUUGUGGUUCAGGGCUUCCCGACCCUCGGCCAGACUUCAUAAAAAUUAUUGUGGGAAAUUUUAAUUUCCUGAACUUCAGUAUUUUGUUAUUUUUCUUAACGCUGCUCACCAACAUCGCCGUAUCCUACAUCACAGCGCCAAUUCCUGCGAGCUGCUUGCACCGACUGACGUACCAAACAAGGAAUAGUCUCGAGCUCCGAGUUCCCAUUCAGAAUCUGCGAGACGGGGCUGAAGAAAGUUCGGACAUUACUAACAACCAAACACCAGAUUACGACAAUCAGGGAGAGACGUCUGCCAUGACCAGCGCGUUCGUUCGGCUAUGUUGCAUGCAUAAGGAAUCAAACGCGCAGGCAAAAACAGUCGCUGUGGAGACUCACGAAGAGCACAUGACUAGAGUAAAAACAUUCAUGACUGAGGAUCCAAAAGAAAAAAGGCUCGUGGAUAUAUCGGCCGCGGCCGUUGUGCUCACGUGUACGUUCGUCUACGGAUUUUAUGGCUGAAUUAUUCACAACCUGCCAGCCAUAUAACCCUGCCUUUAACUUUAUCAAUUCUCUCGAUAGAUUCUUUUUUUGAAUGAAGAAUCUAUCUAAUAUCUAUUCCCUUAACCCGUAGAAUUUGAAAUCGAAGAAAGAUGAUGUAGAGUGAUUGUUAUUUUGUCCAUAGGAUGAACAUGGAAACUUCGGGUAAUAGUUGCAAGAAAAUUAAAGCGAAAAUUACAAUAGUAGCCAAUGUAAUGGUUUGAUGUAUUGAGGGCAUUCAAGUUAAAAGAGCUGGGAGAGAAAUUCUCGUCGAAUAAUAAAUGUGCAUUAGUCCAUGCUAUUAACAACUUAAUACAACUACUUUGUGAAUCAAAAUACCUAAUUUGACCGGUACGUCGAUCUUUUUGAAAUUUAUAACAAUAUUUUAACGUUAUUGUUCAAACUGAAUUAUGAGAAUGUUGUUUAAUUGACAUCAAACCUACAAACGAAAAUGUAAAAAGAUUGAAGUAAAGAUAUAUUCAUUACAUUAGAUUAAAUUAAAUAUAUAAAUAUCGAGAGUUACUUCGUCGGCUAA